UAAGCCUAGACUUGCAUGCCCGGCUGGAGAUCUUGUAGCCGUGCCGACGAGGCCAACACCAUGGCCGCCCCGGUACUCGGCUUCCUCUCAGCACUGCUCCUGCUUCUCCUCCCGGCUCCCCUCCGAUACCACUUCUCGUUAGUCCACCGGCAGCCGGCCGACGGCGGCACGGCCCGCGGCCUCCACCUGAUCGUGCUGGUUCCCGGCAUGAACUGCCCCAACCUGGAGGCGCGGCUCACCGAGGCCUACGAACCCUCGACGCCGCGCUGCGGCCGGAUGAGAGGGAAGGGGUGGUUCGGCCUGUGGACGAACCACACCUGGGCACUGGACGCCGACACCACGGCGUGCUUCGAGGAGCAGAUGCGCCUUGUCUACGACCCUGCCCUCGGGGAUUUCUGGAACCGGCCCGGCGUGGCCACUCGCGUCCCCAACUUCGGCUCCGCUCGCGGGUUCGGUUCCAAGUACCCACCACACCCGGAAUAUUGCUUUGGAGCACUGAGGUCUACCCUAGAAAAAUUCGGGUACCGCGACGGAGGACCCACUUCGGGGCUCCCUACGACUUCCGGUACGCUCCUCCGUUGCCUGGUCAGAGAUCUCGAGUUUACUCCCGGUACUUUCGGCUGGUAACGAGGCUCAUCGAGGACGCUACCAAGAAGAACCAAGGCAGGGCCGCCAUCAUCCUCGGACACAGCUACGGGGCCUUGGUAGCCCUCGAGUUCGUCAGAAACUCCCCGUCGCCGUGGCGGCACAAGUUCAUCAAGCACCUCUUCAUGGUGGCACCGACAUGGUCCGGAGGUUACGUUCGUGCGAUAAGAGGAAUUGUUUCGGGGCCGCCGGUAGACAUGGUUUACGUUCCAUCCGCCUCUCGACUGUCGGUGCGAUCGAUGUGGAGGACCUUUGAGACUGCCAUCGUGAACCUACCAUCCCCGGAGGUCUUUGGGCGCAGGCCACUCCUGGUGACCAGGAGCAAGAAUUACUCGGCGUAUGAUAUCGCCGAUCUGCUUGUUGCCAUCAGUUCCGCCAAUGGCGACAAGCCAUUCAGAGAGCGUGAGCUCGCAAAGAUGGGCUACUUCAAGGCGCCCAUGGUUCCAAUGACUCAUAUGUAUGGAAUGGGCGUCCCAACGGAGGAGCAACUGGUGUACCGGGAAGGUGACUUCGAUAUACCGCCUGAAAUGGUGUACGGCGAUGGUGACGGCACCAUCAACCUAAAAAACAUGUUGGCGUUCGAGGAGAAGGUGGGGAAACAGCCGGGACAAAGAGAGCUCUUCAAGUCCAUCAGAGUUACAAAGGUUCCACACUCUGAAUUAGUUAUCCAUCAACGGGCUCUCAAGAAAAUCAUGUGUGAGAUCGUAGAAUUAAAUCGCUAGGCUCAAAUCCAUUGUCUCUUAUUAAUAACAAAAUUCAAAAUAAUAACUAAUCCUAAAAGAAACAUUUCUGUGGUGGCCCAAGGAGCGCCAUGAAAAUCUAGAACCACCAGUACAGCAGGGACCAGUCGGGGAUGGUGAGCCUAUAGUUAUUCUGAGAUUGGCAGGCCACCACGUUGAUUCCCGACCAGUUCUUCAGCAAGCUGGACUGCAUCGCUUCGAUCUUCAGUUCGUCACGGUCUUCGUCUAUCAAGUGCUCUAGGCUUUAAUCACGGCGGCAUCGUUGUGAUUUCGUCUAGUUUACCUAGUUAUCAAUUUUACUCUAUCUUGUAAGGCCGCAUCAACUUGAUCUCUUGCUAGAUGUGGUAAAAUCUAAUUACACUUGAUCUCUUGCUAGAUGUGGUAAAAUCUAAUUAUCUUGCUUGACUAAGAUCUAUCGGCUAACUUAUCUUAUACGUUGCUUGAACUGCCAGGUCAUAAAGAAUUGAACGGAGUAUCCUUUAUUAGCCGAUAGCUUCUUAUUCUUAGCAUUUACUGAGCUUUUACCGAAUUUUUAUCUUGUUGCAUCUAGAUUUACCAGCUAGUAACUUUUAAGUGUAUCACCCUGCUGCUAGCGAUGUCUUGAUUAGGUCUGAUCCGACUGGUGGUGACGCUAGAUUCACUGUUACAAGCUUGGUGAUUUUAUUUAUAAUGAAUUAUUUGUUUGGCGACCGCUCGGUUUGCUGAUUUUAUUUACCAGCCGGUACAUGCUUAAGUAAUUAUUUAUAGUACGGGCUAUCGGUCGCCGGCUCCGUGUAUUUCAACUUUAUCAUCUAGCCGAUGGACCUUCAUAUAUUUUAUUCCUCCAAGUGUUGUAUCGGCUCAGCAUGGUGAUUCUAUUAACUGCCGAUACAACAUCAUUACAUACCUUGUCAGAUCAAUUGAUGGUCAAACUGGCACGUUUUGCACCUGCGCGAAGUUAUUUGUAGCAUGCGCCGGAGUAAAGCAAAUUUCCCAAGCCGAUCACUGGAUAUUUACGUCAACACGCUUUUGGAGCACCUGGUGGGACACGGAACAAAUAUCAUUGAUCAGCUGCCUUAGAUGUCUCAUCAUUUUCUGGCUGCAGAUCUUGUUCAUCUGGAGGCCAUCAUCAGCUAUGUACUCUUCUAUUAUAAAGUAUAUUGGUAGCCGA